AUGGCGGACUCAAGCUUCCCAUUCUAUAGACCUGGCAGGUCAGAGUACGAAGACAGCGUGAGCAGAUCAUCAUUUUCUGUAAAGGGGAAGAAGAAGAAGAGCGACGAUGACAAGUUUGCUCUGGGCCGAAGAGGAAUUUUGGUUUUCUUUACUCUUUCGGUCCUCACUUUGAUGGCCGCUCUAGAUGGCACUUCACUUUCUGUGGCUCUACCUGAUAUCGCGCAAGAACUUAAUGGAACAGCUAUCGAAGCAUUCUGGAGUGGAACCUCGUUUUUGUUGUGCUCAACUGUGUUCCAGCCUAGCUUCGCCUCCUUCUCCAACAUUUUUGGCCGUCGACCCAUGAUCUUGAUUUCUCUCCUGUUCUUUACCGCUGGUGCCGUUAUCUGCGCUAUUGCAAAUGAUUUCACCUAUAUGCUGAUCGGUCGAUCCAUUCAAGGUGUAGGUGGAGGCGGAAUUAUAUCGCUGAGUGAAGUCAUUAUAACAGAUCUUGUUCCUCUACGAUGGCGAGGUCAGUACUUCGGUAUCCUCAGUGCAAUGUGGAGUGCUGGGUCGGUGACGGGGCCUAUCCUUGGAGGCGGCUUCGCUGAGAAGGUUUCAUGGAGAUGGAUCUUUUAUAUCAACUUCCCUUUCAUCGGAGUGGGUGGCAUACUCGUUAUCCUAUUCCUAAAUCUUAAACUCGCACCGAGCUCGCUGGUUGAAAAACUUCGUCGAAUCGAUUAUGUCGGAACUGUCAUAUUUGUCGGAAGUAUGUCGUCUUUCCUGAUUCCACUUAGCUGGGGUGGCAUAUCUUAUGAUUGGGACUCGUGGCGGACAUUGGUACCUCUGAUCGUCGGUGGAGUUGGUCUACUUGUUUUCGCAUACUACGAGUACCGCUUCGCAACCGAUCCGAUCAUUCCACCGGUGAUAUUCCAGAACCGAACCGCAACUGUUUCUUUUAUUGGCAGUGUUCUGCAGGGGUUGAUCUUGUGGUGUGCGCUUUAUUAUCUUCCUCUUUAUUACGAGGCAGUGAAGGAGUUCAGUCCUAUCAUUUCCGGUAUCUCUCUCUUCCCUGAGACGUUUACUGUUGCACCAAGCGGAAUGGUGGUUGGAAUCUUGAUCACGAUGACAGGUCGAUACAGAUGGUCUGUCUGGCUUGGAUGGACCCUAUCGACACUCGGAAUAGGUCUUAUGUGUCUCAUCAAAGUCCACACUAGCACUGUUGGGUGGAUCUUCUUGAACAUCGUUCCUGGUCUCGGACUAGGCAUUCUAUUCCCUGCUCUUGGCUAUGCCGUGCAGGCCUCGUCGGAGCCCGAAAAUCUUGCCAUUGCAGUCGCCAUGUUCAGUUUCUUCCGUGCUCUAGGCCAAGCCAUCGGUGUUGCUGUCGGUGGCGUUGUCUUCCAGAAUCGCAUGUUUAGCAACCUUAUGCGAUAUCCCGGUUUGGCUCCUAUGGCCGGGGCCUAUAGCAAGGAUGCUGCGGGAUUGGUGCAAGUUAUCAAAGCUAUGGAGGAUGGUGCAGAUAAGGCAAAUCUAAAGGAAGCAUACACAGACAGUCUGCGUACGGUGUGGGUAGUCUGUUGUGCGGUUUCAGGUGUCGCGAUGGUUAUGAGCUUGUUGACUGAGCAUUAUGAUCUUGACCGUGAGCUGGAGACGAACCAGGGGCUACGUGGGGAUGAUGAAUCUUUUGUUGAAAGUGAGAAGGAUUUAGAAAUGCGCGCAGAGCGAGCAAUGGUUCCGGAGACUCGGCCUUGGGCCUGGUAG